AUGCUUUGCAAGAAGGAGACUUACACAGUCGUCACGCCGAUACCGGGCUACAUUCCGCGACAGCUAGCGCUCGACAUUCUGCAAUCGCACAGCGAAGUCAUUUCGCUGAACCCGCUGGUCCUGAGCCACAAGCCAAUCCCCGCGCCUCGCAAUGCCGCCGCCGACGAAUACUACAGCACCUGGUACGAAAUCACCCAGAGGGUGCAGUUCAUCCCGGGCGUGGGCAAGAUGGGGUCCGGCCAAAUCACCUUUAACGGCUGCUUCCACGACAUGCCCUGGGGCCUGCAAACGCACAUUUACGCGCCCUUGAACGUCGACUUGCGCAACAAAUACCGCAUCGGCGGCAACCAGCCUGGCGUCGAGCCGCUGGAGCAGCGCGAACUUGGCAUGGAAAGUCUAGGGAUCCCCUCGAGCGGCUUGUAUCUGCGCCAAGAGGCCGAGAUUAGAUGCAAUAUUGCCAUGAUGAGCUUUGUCAAGUCGGAAAUGCAAAAGGCCUGCAAGGACAUGGUGGAUCGCAUCAUCAAAAAGGCUGAGCUACUGGAUUCUGGUGUCCUGCAAGCAAUGUUUGAAAAUGGAAAGCUCAAAACUGUCAACCCAAAUGAUCGUUCCAGCCUGCCGCUCUCGCCAGCAGCGCUCUCGCCAACAGCCAGCCUCAUCUCACCCCGGCUGGGCCACAAUUCAAUGUAUUCCAGUGCCAAUCCCGUAUCACCGCCAUAUCCACAAUCGCCGCCUCCUCCCCCUCAACAAUCUACGCAACAAUAUGCCAACAGCUACCAUAUACCACCCGGGACUCCCAAGGAACAGUCCACAGUGCUCGAGCUCCCCGGUGACUACCGGUACAUAAACUCGGGGAGUUUCUCUUCGCCGCAGCCCAGUCCCGGGAUGCAGAAUUCACAGAGGUCAUCAAUGACGCCGUCAGAUCCUCGCUGGUCGCAAAGUCUGCAGAGUGGCGUUGCCGACCCUCGCAUGAGUGUGGGCUCUGCGACGGGUAGCAUUGGGGCACAGCCCUCACGGCAAAGUUACGCAGCAGAAUUGGCAGUUCAUGAUGAGACGCGAGAGGAACAUCGUUAG